GUAACGUGCACUACAAGUCACUAGGCUGAAUUACGGUACAACUCCCUCCUCCUACUGACUUAAGAGUCGUCUAUCCUCAAUGUUUGCGGCUACCUCUUUCAACCUUUCACUGACGGCGGAACAACAUACCCAUUGUGGCUAACAAUGGAUCCUGGCGGUGGUCAACCGAGAACAAUAGCCCGCAUGCACCUUGGAGACCUCUUGCCUUCUCUCUUUUUACGCUUUCUGACUCUCCACUAUUCUUGAUUCUCUUUGACAUUUGAGAUGUCUUUGCCUGCUUUCGUGGCAUUGCUGUCUAUAAUCCACUUGGCCGCUGGCCAUGCUUCGAUCUGGCAUCCGAGCAUGUUUGGCUUCAAUGUUACGAACGAGACAUUUCCUUACGAUAACAGACCAGUGUCGCCUCUCGUCGACUUGACUUUCGAUCAAUGGUGGUUUCAUGGACAUCUCGACUAUCCGCCCAAUCCAGGAGACAUAUUCGACUUACCUGCUGGCAAUGCUGCGACCGCUGAAAUCGGCUGCAAUAAAGGAGCCACAAGUUACUUCGCAUCUUCGGAAGGUGGAGAUAUUCGAAAUGGUGACUCACCUUGCCCUGGAUCGGAGCCAUCGGUGUAUCAUACAACUGGAAUUGACGACGUCAAGGGCUGCGCCCUUGCUAUUGCAUACAACUCCAAUGAACGAGCGAUUAAACCAGAAGAUUUUGCUGUGUUUAGUGUGAAUCAUACCUGCGUGUGGCAUCGGUUCACGGACUUCCAGGUUCCUGAGCGGAUGCCUCCAUGCCCUGAAGGUGGUUGUCUUUGUGCCUGGUUCUGGAUCCAUUCUCCUGACAGCGGCAGCGAGCAAAACUAUAUGAAUGGCUUUAGAUGCAAUGUAACCGGAUCAACGUCGUCUGUCCCUAUCGCAAAACCGCAAGUUGCUCGCCGCUGCGGUGAUGAUCCAGACAACGGCAUCAUGCGAGCCACCCCUGGUAACUGUACAUACGGUGCCAAACAACCGCUGUAUUGGUUCCAGAGGGAGCAAAAUAACAUGUUUGAAGAUACCUAUGCUCCCCCUUUCUACCUGGACCUUUAUAAUUUCAAGGACGGCGCUCAGAAUGACAUCUUUGAAGAUUCUUAUGCGUCCAUGCCUACGCCAAGUCCCGACAACACCGUUAUCCCCACACCAUUGACCCAUGACCCCGUCUCUUCUACCACCCCGGGUUCGGGCUCAGGUGCAAAUCCGACCUCCGGCGGUAACAACACCUCAUCAGAUAAUGGAGACUUACCACCCAGUGGUCACUCCAGCCGGAUUUGCCGUGUUGCUAGUAAAACUCAAAAUAAGCUGCGUGUCCAACGACGCGAAAUGCCUUUGGCCAAGUUCAUUUCUCUCCCUCAUUUCCGUCGAGAAAGUUUCAAUUUAUGGCAUCCAUUUUAAUUGUGUACGAGCCAGGUUCCACUAUCAUUAUGUUUAUGCUUAUGGCACUUUAGCCUAUGUUCUCUUACUCAUGCCCACAAUAAGUAACCGGCGCCAGACACGCGGCGCGUCGCGUCACGUGACUCACAUUGAUUUGAGGAGGAGACAACCGACUGUCUAUGGAACAGAUGGCACUACAACUGUAUAUACAAUGUAUUAGAUAUCUAUUCUAGCUAUCUAUGUAUUUAAAAACUCGUAUGUCCACCAUGAGCAGCCAAGAC